AUGAAAGAAGUUAACAAAGACAACACAACAGUGUUUUCAGGAAUAUUUUCCCUAAUCUUGGCAGAUCCAGAAGAAGUGCCAACUCUGCGACUUCCCAAUAUCUUCUCUGACGAUGCCACAGAUGUUGAGGAAUUCAUUAAAAGAAGAAAUUUAAAAAAAGUUUAUAAGCGCAAAAAAGUACCCAAAAAAAGAAUUACAGCGUGCCCUCACGCAAAUAAAAAACACUAUGCCAAGAACAUGUGCAAUAAUUGCUAUCACCGAAGCGGGCGAAACAAGAAGGCUUCGGAUUGCCCACACCAAGAUCGCCAACUCUAUGCAAAGGGAAUGUGCCAGUUCUGCUAUUUGCGAAGCUAUCAUAAGUCAAAAUCUUGCAAGGUUGUCAUCAAAUUAGAUGAUUUAAAGAUUUAA